AUGGAGCCGGCGGGAGCGGGGCCGCUGAGGGAGCUGCUGGGGCAGCUGCGGGGCUCGCUGCACGCGGCGCUGGCGCGGGUCCGAGAGGGCGAACCAGGCGAGGGCCACGGGCCGUUCGAGCCGCCGCGCUUCUGGGACGCUCUCGGUCAGACAUUCAAAGCAGCAUCACAAGAAGCAACAAAACUGAGUCUAGCAUUCUCAAGGCCCCCACUGCCUUCUGCAGAGGAUUGUCAGAAGCUGAGUGGAGAUGUCCAAAAUGCUAUUCUUGCAGUUGCCGCGGUGUACUACUCACUCCCCAAAGGACAAGGUACUACUCUUCGGAAGAUGGUACGAGAUGCUAUUACUGAGGUGGUGGAAGGAAUGAUCCAGCUCACAGAAACAAUUGUCAAUACUCCAUUGCAAAGCUUGUGUCAGGAACAACUUAUAUCAACUGGUGGUGUGUGGGAGGCAUGUGAGCAAGCAACCAGCCUGCCUAGAGAUAACCAGGCAGCAGUUGUGUCAGCUCUAGCUGCAUGUCUCGCUGUGGUCAAGGAUGCUCUGGAAGAAAUGGAACAUGCUCUGAUGGAAGGCCAAGACCCCUACAGUGAUAUCAUGGAAGAUGAGGACCUAGGUUUUCGAGGCAACAGAGAUACGUACUGGUCAGAAGCUGACCGGAAGCUUCUUGGGCCCUGCAUGGGAUUAAUGAAGGCUUCCAAAGCUUGCCUGAAGAAGGUCUUGGGUGUAGUGAAGGCUCAUGGAAAAGCUGACUCUUCAGAGCAGAUUGCUCAGCUGGAUGACCUUGCAGACAUUGCUAAUGAGAUUAGUCCAAGUGUUGAUGAGCUGGCGCUGAGCAUGUAUCCCCCUAUGAACCAGUUGGCUGUGCGACUCAAUGCUGCUAAAUUGGCAUCAGUAUUAAAGAAAGUCUUGGAGAUUGCAAAGACAAGCCACGUAUGUCCACCAUCAGAGGAAGGCUGGGUGCAGUUUCUCAAUGGUGCAGUCAGUCACAACAUGGACAAAAUCAAGAACUUCACACAGGCCUAUUUAUUUUACCAUGGUCAAGAAGAAAGUUCAAAUUGAGAUUUGGAGACCUUUAGGAGCAACCUGCUCAUCAGGUCAGCUGCUUAUUGUCUUAGUCCUACAACCUUUCUACUGUGCGUGGAGAAGAACUCUAUGUCUUUGCAGUCCCUGGGGAUGAAAAAAAGAUUCGUAUAAUAUUUUUUAUUAGCUUUGUCUCUUUU